AUGCCGAAAGAGCAAGAGGUAGAACAGCACCAGGCUAAAGAAUUGACCUUGGCCGACCUUGCGAAGGAGCAAAGGGUUGAGCAGCCCGAGGCUGAAGACAUGUCCCUAGUCGAGCUUAUUUUGCAAAGAAAGCCACAGCAGCAAAGGGUAGAGGAGCCCCAGGCUAAAGAAUUGACUUUGGCGGACCUUGCGAAGGAGCAAAGGGUGGAGAAGGGCCAGGCUAAAGAAUUGACUUUGGCGGACCUUGCGAAGGAGCAAAGGGUGGAGAAGGGCCAGGCUAAAGAAUUGACUUUGGCGGACCUUGCGAAGGAGCAAAGGGCUAAAGAAUUGACUUUGGCGGACCUUGCGAAGGAGCAAAGGGUGGAGAAGGGCCAGGCUAAAGAAUUGACUUUGGCGGACCUUGCGAAGGAGCAAAGGGUGGAGAAGGGCCAGGCUAAAGAAUUGACUUUGGCGGACCUUGCGAAGGAGCAAAGGGUGGAGAAGGGACAGGCUAAAGAAUUGACUUUGGCGGACCUUGCGAAGGAGCAAAGGGUGGAGAAGGGCCAGGCUAAAGAAUUGACUUUGGCGGACCUUGCGAAGGAGCAAAGGGUGGAGAAGGGCCAGGCUAAAGAAUUGACCUUGGCGGACCUUGCGAAGGAGCAAAGGGUGGAGAAGCGGCAGGCUGAAGAAUUGACCUUGGCGGACCUUGCAAAGGAGCGAAGGGUAGAGAAGCGCCAGGCAAGUUUGAAGAUUGAGGUACCAGUAGAGCCCGGCUGUGUCGCAAAAAGGAAAUGCCUAAAAGACAUCAAUGGCCUAUAGGAAUACAGAUUGAGGUUGCGAGGUGCAUCAAUGAUUGAGCAAAUGGUUUGUGAAAUACCAAUGAAAUAACAUCAGAGUGAACGAAAUUAUUGACACGAAAGAACCAGGACACAAAUGAAUGAAUGAAUGAAUAAAUGAGUGAAUGAAUGAAAUGACAUGUCAUGACAUGACAUGAAAGACAUGAAAUGAAAUGAAUGAAAUGAAUGAAAUGAAUGAAAUGACAUGACAUGACAUGACAUGAAAUGAAUGAAAUGAAAUGAAAUGAAAUGAAAUGAAUGAACUGAAUGAACUGAAUGAAAUGAAUGAAAUGAAUUAAAUGAAUGACAUAAUGAAAUGAAUGACUUGAACGAAAGAAUGCAAUGAAUGAGAUAAUG